AAACCAUGGCGAGCCCUGCAAAGGACAACUAUCGAAUGAAGAGUUACAAGAAUAAAGCCCUAAAUCCUGAGGAAAUGCGUCGGAGAAGAGAAGAGGAAGGGAUCCAACUGCGCAAACAGAAACGAGAGCAACAGCUCUUUAAAAGAAGAAAUGUGGAACUGAUUAAUGAAGAUGCCUCCAUGUUUGAUAGCCUCCUUGUGGAUUCCUAUGUCAGUUCCACAACAUGUGGGGAGGGAGUGAUCACAAGGGAGAUGGUGGAGAUGCUUUUCUCAGAUGACCCUGAUCUGCAGCUAGCAACCACUCAGAAAUUCAGGAAGCUACUGUCCAAAGAGCCAAAUCCUCCGAUAGAUGAAGUGAUAAACACUCAGGGAGUGGUGGACAGAUUUGUUGAAUUCCUGAAAAGAAGUGAAAAUUGCACACUACAGUUCGAAGCAGCCUGGGCACUGACGAAUAUUGCAUCAGGAACCUCCCAACAAACGAAAAUAGUAAUUGAGGCUGGGGCAGUUCCUAUCUUUAUAGAGCUGUUAAACUCUGACUUUGAGGAUGUUCAAGAACAGGCUGUCUGGGCAUUGGGGAACAUUGCUGGAGACAGCUCUGUGUGUAGAGACUAUGUCCUUAACUGCGCUAUUCUUCCUCCCUUGUUAAUGCUCCUUACAAAGUCCACCAGGUUGACGAUGACACGAAAUGCUGUCUGGGCCUUGUCAAACUUGUGCAGAGGAAAGAAUCCACCGCCUGAAUUUGAUAAGGUAUCUCCCUGCCUGCCAGUGUUGUCCCGAUUAUUAUUCAACAGUGACUCUGACUUGCUGGCAGAUGCGUGCUGGGCUCUUUCCUAUUUAUCAGAUGGCCCGAAUGAGAAAAUUCAAGCAGUUAUUGACUCUGGCGUGUGUCGACGACUGGUAGAGCUGUUAAUGCACAAUGACUACAAAGUGGCCUCCCCAGCUUUGCGAGCUGUCGGCAACAUUGUGACAGGUGAUGACAUCCAGACCCAGGUGAUCCUGAACUGUUCAGCACUGCCUUGUCUCCUUCACUUAUUAAGCAGUCCCAAGGAGUCGAUUAGGAAAGAAGCCUGCUGGACUAUUUCUAACAUCACAGCAGGAAACAGAGCACAAAUACAGGCAGUCAUAGAUGCAAACAUUUUCCCAGUGCUGAUAGAAAUCUUGCAGAAAGCAGAAUUCCGUACAAGGAAAGAGGCAGCAUGGGCUAUUACAAACGCAACGUCAGGAGGAACUCCAGAACAGAUCAGAUACCUGGUAAACUUGGGUUGUAUCAAGCCUCUUUGUGACCUGCUGACUGUCAUGGACUCAAAGAUUGUUCAGGUGGCGCUGAACGGCCUGGAGAACAUACUGAGGCUCGGAGAGCAGGAGGCCAACCAGAGUGGGACAGGCAUCAAUCCUUACUGCAGCCUGAUUGAGGAAGCCUAUGGCUUGGAUAAGAUAGAGUUCCUGCAGAGCCAUGAGAACCAAGAGAUCUACCAGAAGGCCUUUGACCUGAUUGAGCACUACUUUGGAGUAGAGGAUGAUUCUGCUCUAGCUCCCCAGGUAGAUGAGAACCAGCAGCAAUUCAUAUUCCAGCAACCUGAAGCCCCAAUGGAAGGUUUCCAGCUAUAAUGUGCCCAGAGGGGAAAAGAAUACUACAAACUUGCCAGGAAGCAACUGGGAGCAGCUGAUGGUCCCACCCCCCUCCUUGCAAAUGGAAGGCUAAACACCCACUCCACCUGUUAGGAAGCAACUCCUCCUUCAGAAACAACUAGAAGCAGUGCUUUGUCCUCAUGGAGAGAAGGGGAAGUUCUUACACUUUUUCUUUUUGCUGCUGCAUAUGUGUCUUUAAAGCAGGCAUCUGGGUGGAGGAAGGACACUGAGAUAACAGAUUGCACCUCUUGUGGGUUUUUUUUUUUCUUCCUCUUUGUGGUGAUCUCCCAAAUGUCACUUUUUACCUUGGGUACUUAAAAUUGAGAUUUCAGCAUUGGGUUGGGUAAGAACACAUAGAAAGUGAGCAUUCUGAUGACAAUAAUUCUGGAAACCUGGGUUGAUCUAUUUAAUUUUUUUGCACAUGUUACUCUUAUUAAAGACUCUAAUUUGCCAAGAGCAAAGUUUAGCCCUGGCCUUUCUGCGACCCUCCUUCAGUGGACAGUCCUGUUGGACCUGGGCCAAGUUCCCCUGAAAUAUACUGUAAAUGGACAGAGAAGCAGGGAAGUCUCCCAAUCCUGGGAAAGCUUUCUGGGGGAAGGAUUCUUCUGUUUUUUUUUUUUUUUCCUGGAGAACUGCUAGUGGUAUUUACAAGGAAAAAAGCAACAAAACCCCAAAGAUGGUAACUAUGAAGAGGGUGGGAUGCUUGGGUGGUUUUUGAAAGAGGAAGCACAGCUGCCAUUGCACAGGCUUUGUUUGCAUUGCUACUGACUGAAGUCACAAACUGUUGAAAUGAUGAAACCCAUCUUCAUUCUUACUUGAAGUUUUUUUUUUUUCCUCCUCUCAUGAAACCAUGUUUUGAAUUUUGGGGUUUUUUGGCUGGGUUGGGGUGGAUCAUAAUAUGGGCUGGGGAGGAAGAGGGCAUAGCUACACUUGACAGCAGUGUUGUGUGCGGUGUUAACUUCAGUAGCAACAGGCCUGAGUUUUCAGGUUUACCUCCUGCUCACAGUUGGAUCAUGUACAUUUUACUUCAAAAGGAAGAAUCAAAUCCCUGUAUUUUUUAUAUUAUAUAUAGGUAGAUAUUUGUCUAAUUGGGCUUCAGAGAAAAAUAUAUAUGAAAUUUCUGUAAUUUAUGUAAAUAGAAUACUGUGAGGCAGGCAUACCUGGAAAUGACGGUCUGUGAGCUCACUCACUGGUUGUCCUGCUUCUUUUCCUCUGUUUACUCAUGUACUGUAUAAGCAAACAUAGAUCUGUCUUAAACUCC